AUGGAGCUCCUGGCUCACGCCGUGGGCGACCGCAUCCUUGAAACCACCUUCCUUCUGUGCUGCCUGCACGAGCCGCCACCGGUCUUCCCCAACUUGGUGGAGGUGGUGGGCUGCCAGUGGUUAUUGAAACUUCCCCAAGAAAAAAAACUACUUCCUUUCUCUAUUCAAAAUUCAUUUGAUUUUUUCUUUAGAGCAGAAGAACUUGAGUAUAACUUUAAGAAGUGCAAGCACAAGAGUUCUGUUGCCAUGCACAAAUUCUGUAGACUUCCCAGGGUCCUACUUGUUCCUUUGAAACGCUAUAUCUUUAAUGAUACUUGGUCGCUAGUGAAGGAUAGCCAGCAGGUUGAUAUUCCUAAAUUUUUAAGCGCAUCUUCUCAUUGCAAUGAUAGCACCAAGUCACCGUUUGCCAUUGCCAGUCAUGCACCUACUGGGGACUCCAAAGUCCUAACAGUCUUUCCAGAGAUGAUUUCUGAGAUCCUUGACUCACUGACACCUUCAGAGAAGUUGAUCUCAGAAUCCGGUGAUUCCUUGGCAAGGAAUGCUGAACCACAAAUUUUCCAGAAGAUCUGUGAAUGGUCAAGCCCAGCACAGCAGCAGAGAGAUCGGGAAAAUGGUCCUGAACUGAAUAUAAUAGCAUCAGAAUGAGCAGACUCAGGAGAUGGGACAGUCAGUGGACAGGAGCUGCCAGCAGCUGACUCCGUGAUGGAUCAAGGAGAUACUUGUCUUCUUAUGAUCUGCGAAGAUGACCGCGAACCUACCAGGAGCCCACACACAAGUCUUGGAGAGGCUCACCUUCAAGAGGUGCCCAAAGAUCUGGAACUUAAGAAAUAUGACAAAACCAAUGCAUUUGUAGAGUUAGAUUUUGACAACGUCACCGAGUCUACUGAAGAUUUCUAUAAGACUAAUGAAAACAAGAUUCCAGAAAGAUCUCGAGGAGUGACUGAGGGACUCCAACAGUGCAACGAGAACUACGAGGAAUUCCCUCAGCAGGAAUCACCUCCUGGCGUUAGGAAGCUGGAUGCCCAGAAACACACAGAAAAGGACUUCAGGAGUCUUCAGAACCUGUAUUCCCUCAGUGCAUUGGGUUCUGAUACGAACCCUGGAAUUUUAGACGAGGACACAGAGUCUGAAGCCAAGGCAGUGAAAAGAAACUCGGAGGUGGGCGAUCCGCUUUGUGACUACCGGCUCAUCAGUGUCGUCAGCUAUCUCGAGAGCUCCCCAGAUUCGGGCUAUUACGUCAGCGAUGUUUACGAUGUUGAGAAGCAGGCCUGCUUCACCUGCAAUGAUCUACAAGUAUCAGAAAUUCAAGAGUCCGUGAUGGAGGAGGCCAGGCUUCGCACUGCGUAUAUCUUUUUUUACAUGCAUGAGAUCUUUCAGGCGCUGUUGAGAAAGGCUCGGAAUCCCCAGGUACUUAAAGCAGAGAUAGGGGAGAUUCCUCCCUAG